ACAAUUUGUUGAUUAGCUAGUUAGAUGGAUAUAUAGUCAAAGAAACCGUUUUCUUCUGCUUCCACGUCGACAUGAAAAAACUGAGCAUUUCAUCAAUUUAACUAGACUGACUAGGUGUAGCUAGCUACCUAAUUAAGGAAUACUUGCUGUGCUUUCAAUGGGAUCCUCAGCUCAGUAAGACUGCAGAGCAGGGGCAGGAGCAGAGAGAGCUGUAGCCACCAGGAAUGGAGGAGUUUAGACAGGCUUACCUGCGCCUGUGCAAAGAUGCAGGCUUGGAGCCGCAGGAGUCUGUGCUGGCCCAGCUGCAGGAGGCGCGGGGGGCAGCGGGCAGCACCAGACUGGACCUGGCCGGUCACAGCCUCUCCGCAGACACCUGCGCCAUUCUGGGCAGGGUCCUGCACAAGGACACGCUCUUCAACGAGGUGGUGCUCAGCGACUGCAUGCUGAGCGAGGAAGGUGCCAAGCUGCUGCUGAGUGGGCUGUGCUCCAACACUACUGUGAAAGUGCUGGAUCUGAAGGGGAACAACAUGAGAGGAACAGGAGCUGAAGCUUUGGGGAAAUUGUUAGCCCGCAAUAAAACAUUGCGCAGACUGACACUGGAGUGGAAUGCCUUGGGGAUGUGGGACGAGGCCUUUUCAAUAUUCUGUGAGGGUCUGGGCUCCAACAGCUGUCUUAUUCAGCUUGACCUGCGCAACAACCAGAUCAACCACCAGGGGGCAGCAGAGCUUGCGCUAGCGCUUAAAAGAAACGACACACUUCAGGAACUUGAUCUGAGAUGGAACAGCAUUGGACUGCUGGGUGGCCGCUCCAUCCUGGAGGCCCUGCAGCAGAACCGAAACCUGGUCCAGCUAGAGAUGGCAGGGAACAACAUCCCCAGCGACACCCUCAAGGCCCUCGAGCAGUCCAUAGAGCACAACUCUGACCGGCAGACCACCCUGAGGGAGAGCCGCAGCAGGACCCAGGUGCUCGCCAAGGAGAUCCAGAACCUGAAGGAGGAGAAGGGCCGUCAGUUCCUAUCUUUGAUGGAGACCAUUGACAAGCAGAGGGAUGAGAUGGGCCGGACUAGCCGAACUUCAUCAAUGCGUGUUGGCCAGCUUCAAGAAGCUCUGAAUGAGCGGAAGUCAGUGGUGAAUUCUCUCACAGCAAAGCUGCAGAUGACUGAGGCGGCGUUGGCACUGUCUGAGCAAAAGAUCCACAACCUGGGGGAGCUUGUGAGCAGAGUACAAAUGGAGAAAACGGAGCUCAAGGACCGGCAGUCUCGAGAAAUGAAAAAAGAGCGGGAGGACAGCGUGCUGAGGGAGGGGAAACUUCUCAGGGAGGUGCACAGUUUGACAGAGAAGAACCUGCAGCUCAAGAACAAGGUUGAGGAGAUGGAACGCAGGUGCAAGGCCCAGCAGGAUCAGAUCUUCGAGCUGAAGCAGGAGCUGACCAACACCACAGCUGAUCUGAAACUGCGCCUGGCACAGGCAGAGGAACGUUUGGACAGUGAGAAAAAGAGAUCCAAACAGGCACUCGAUGACAUGGACAAUCUGCGUCAGAAGGAGGUGGAUCAUUUGACUCGCCACCUGGAGGAGAGCGAGAGAGCGUUGCAGGACCGUAUCCUCAAACUGGAGGGACAGCGCAUACAGCUGGAGGAGGAGCUGAGCCGGGUGAAGGCGGCCAGCAUGACGGAACGGGCUCAGGCAGAGGAGGAGCUGGGGAAGGUUCGCGCCCAGGUGCGCCUGGAAGAGCAGCAGCGUCUGACUGGCAUGGAAGAGAAGCUGCGGGCCCUGCGCCAGUCCCGGGACGAGUCCCAGGUCCACUGCUCCCAGCAGAAGCAGACCAUCGCUGAUCUGCAGGCCAAGAACAGCCAGCAGUCCCUGGAGAUGGAAGGGCUGAGGCGCAGGAUCGACGAGCUCCAGCAGGAGCUGAGUGGGAAAGAGCAAGAGAAAGUGGCAGAGGUGAGCAGAGUCAGAGUGGAACUCCAGGAGCAGAUUGGACAUCUGCAGGCAGAGAGGACUGCCCAAGGGGGACUGAAGGAGAAGAUAGCAGCACUGGAGAGGGAGAUGAAAGUGUUAGCAAGCAACCAUCGUGAGGCCCUUUUGGACAAGGAGAGCGAGAUCUCCUCCUUGUUGGAGAAGCUGCGGCUACGCGAGGCGGAGAUCCAGCGCAUGCGUGAGGAUGAGGCACAGAGGGCCAGCUUCCUGCAGAACGCCAUCCUCACCUAUGUACAGGGAUCACCACUGGGCCACUAUAGCCCCAAGAAGUGACGCAGCAAACGUGUGGCCACCGUUCGCCCAACAGGCCUCAGAGCCAGCUAACCUCAGAACAGCCUCACAGAAGGCAACACUUUUCAACCCAACAGAUAACAAAGCACUUGCUCUGACAUUAACUGUAAAUUAUUUUGAUGUGAUGUGUGAUGCUAAAUUCUUUUACAGAUUAAUUUAGAUGCACAUUUUCCCUCAACAUUGUUCAAAAAGGUGCUAAAAUGUUGAACGUAAGUGUGGUGUUACGUAAUAUGGCUGCAAUGAUUCUCCUCGUAGUUUAAAUUUGCAUUGGAUUCAUAACAAAGAAGUAUGAAAGAAAAUAUGCAAUUUUUUACAUGAACUCAGUACUGUUUUCAGCAAAUCCCUGGUAAACUUUGUACAUGGCAUGCUGUUAGUCAAACUGUGAAAGUACCCAAUUUUGCUGUACAGUAGUUUUGUUAAGCUAUCACAUUAAUU